AUGAGUGACCGCCAGCGCGCUAACAUCAAGCUCUUCGAGGUCAUGUUCUUUCUUGUGAGCUUUGGGGCAGUGAUGAAGCUUCCCUUCAUCGAGUGGCUAAAGCAGGCUACGCGGGAACCUCAAGAAGGACUGCAGGUCUUACGCAACACCGCUUCCCGUGUGCCGCCAGACGAACUACCCUGGACGCUCUCAGCGAUCGUCGAGAGACAAUGCUACACCAAGCUUUGCGAGCAUAUCCAGCAACGGGGCGAGAAGAAAGGCAUGCGCUUGGUUUUGAGUGGCACGCCGGGCAGCGGCAAGACGACGUUGGUCCACUAUCUCCUUUGGAAGUUCUUCCAUGAGGAGCUGGACUACGAAGUGGUCGUGCUUGGAGAUGUUUCGAGGCUGGUGUCCAUUCAAAGGGAUGGCACAUACUGGAACCAUGAAACUGGUGAUCACUUGGGGAUGCUGCCAAAGUCUUUGGGCUUGUUCGACGUAGCGCCUGACGGCACGGUCAAGGAAGGACGGGCAAUAGUGAACAAUCAGCAGGCAAACACCUACUUUCGGGUCGAUAACAUGCUGGUCGUGGCAACCCCUGGAUUUGGCAGUGCACUGAAAGAGUUCCAGAAAAGACCUUUUGAGGAGCUCUACUUGCCCGUGUGGGGAGCAAGUCAAACAAAAGCGCUGUGCAAAAUGAGCAAGAUGAGUGACGAAGCUAUUGAGGGAAGGGCCAAGCUGUGCGGUUUUGGCAUCCCACGUUUGAUUCUGAAUUACGACGGAGGCCAGCGCCUGACUGCCAAAGAUGCUCACACAAUGUUGGUACUCCAGUCCAGCGAAGUUUUGAAAGAAGACACGGCCUUGUCGUUCGCGUGCUUCCACAAGAAGGACAAUGAUGAAGGGGUCCAAGGACAAGGAGAGAGUUUUAUCCUGGAAGGAAGGAGGGUUGGCUUUGCGUCUGAGUUUGUCCAGACGCAGCUUUUCAAUCGCAUGGGGCAGAGCGGAGAGCAAUUGUCGAAUCUUCUGCGAUGCAUUCCAGAACUGGGGCGAUACUACUUUCAACACAGAGUUUUGAAUGAGUUGGUAGGAACUCAGGGUGUUGUACUGAGUCCUGAUGCGAGCAGUGGGAAGUGGAGUUUGCGCUUUGAGAGGGUAGAAGCGUUCACCAGCCGAAAAGUGGAUGUCAAGCGCGGUGUCCUCUACCGCAACCCACCCGAAGAAGACAGGAUGAAGUCAGUGGAUGGCUUUGGGUGGCACGGAGAUACCCUAUAUUUGCUUCAGCCAACCAUCGCAAGACAACACGGCGAGAUAGUGGCCAGCCACCUCCGCGAAAUUCUAGAGACACCUCUCCGGGAUGGCAUCAGGAAGGUGGUCGGUCUCUACAUACGCCCUUGCCAUACAGGCACUCUCCGCCUGCGCAGCAGAGGUGGUAUCAAGAUACAGUUUGCCAACAAGCCGUACUCCACUCAAGCCGUCGCCGUGCCAGAUCUCUGGCAAAGUUUUUCGCAGGAGCUCCAAAAGGCCCUGUGCUAG